AUGCUGAUCCGUGUAAAGUAUGAAAUUAGAACUUACGACGAUUUCGUUGUAAAGGGCAACACAGCUGUUCUGAAAUGUUAUGUCCCAUCAUCUGUGAAAGAUUUUGUGCCUGUGGUCUCAUGGGAGACUGACGAUGGCUUCAUCAUACAACCCGCUACAUCUGACGGAAAGUAUAAAAUAACUUCUGAUGGCUCUUUGGUGAUAGAAAAAGUUGAUUUUUCAGAUGGAAAGAAAAAGUACAGGUGUAUAUGCAAAGAUGAAAUGAAUAAUGAGUCGACAUCUAGUACACCAUGGGGACAGCUGAUAGUAACUGAGCCAACAACACUUUUGGUUCCACGCAUUCGAUCAGGAAGCAAAGAACACCAAUACAAAGUCGGUGAAAUGGUAGAAUUAUUCUGUAUUGCUCAAGGUUAUCCAGUCCCAACUUACUCUUGGUACAAACAAGAUGGCACACGGUUAACUCAAUUAAUAUCCAACAGACGAUUGCAAGUUUUACGAUCAACCGUCCAAAUCCACAAAGCUUCAAUUGUAGAUAGCGCAACAUAUAUUUGUGUUGCAAAUAACAGUGCCGGAGAAGACAGAGUUCACCUGCAGCUUGUAGUAACAGAAAGACUUAGAGUUUCCAUUUAUCCAGAAAAACUAAUUGUUAAAGAAGGUAUAAGUGUUACUUUCACAUGUAACGUUACGGGUCCACAAAUAUCAUCGCUCAUUUGGACGAAAAACUUAAAACCAAUUAUUACGUCUGCCAGAACGAAGCUUAUUAGUUCAGAAGUUCUUCAGAUCUAUUCAGUUCAGAGGGAAGAUAAAGGAAUGUAUCAAUGCUUUGUUAGAGGACAUGAAAACUCAGCUCAAGGAUCUGCACAACUCAGCCUCGAAGAGGAUCCACCAGAAUUCAGGGAAGUAUUUUCGGACCAUAUCCUUAGACCAGGAGCCAAGACUUCUCUCCAUUGCUUAGUAACAGGCAAUCCACUUCCUCAGGUGUCAUGGAGGUUAUACAGUAGACCAGUAAUGGAAGGUUUAGGUGUCAGAAUCGGUGAUUUUGUGGACUCUCAAGGUCUGCUUAUGAGCUUUAUUAAUAUAUCACAGAUAACGACUGAACACGGUGGCAUAUACUCAUGCCAUGCCAGAAAUGAGAUUGGUGCAAUAAGCCAUACUGCUAGGAUAUCUGUUUUUGGAACCCCAUACGUACAUCAUAUGGAUAACAUUACUGUGGUGACUGGGGACGAGGUUAAUGUGGAUUGUGCUUUAUCUGGACACCCUAUACGUAGUGUUCGAUGGAAAAAAGGUGAAGAUAUUGUUUUUAUUAAUAAUUUGAUUUUAUUGAAACAUAUGUAG